AUGAAAGCCGUCCAAAUCCUCGGAGACGCCUCCUCCCCCACCGUCGCCACAACCCACGAAAUCGCCAAACCCGUCCCCAAAGAUACACAGAUCCUGAUCCAAGUCCACGCAGCCGGUAUCACCGGUGACGAAAUAACCUGGCCCGAACCGUAUGCCCGGGCAACCCGGAUCCCAGGCCACGACAUUUCAGGCAAAGUCUCAGAACUCGGCCCAAACUAUAACGGCCCACUCAAAGUCGGCCACGAGAUUUACGCCAUGAUCUCACCGGAUCGAGGCGAGGGCCAAGCCGAAUAUGCGAUCUGUACAGCCAAUGAGGUAUCCCCGAAGCCGAGCUCGAUAUCGCACGCAGAGGCGGCUGCGCUGCCAAUUCCGCUUCUGACGGCGUAUGAGGCACUAUUGGACCAUGGCGGCAUCAAAUCUGGCAUGCGGGUUUUCAUCACGGGUGCGUCUGGCUCCGUGGGGAUUCUGGCGGUGCAGAUUGCAAAGCGGAAGUUCGGGGCUCAUGUUGUUGGUCUGGCGUCGGCUCAGCACCAUGAGACGUUGAGAAGUAUGGGCGCGGAUGAGGUGUUCGAUUAUAAGGUUGACGGGUGGGAGACACAGUUCGAUAAAGUGGGUCUUGUAUUUGAUACAGUUGGGGGAAAAGUGUUGGAAAAGUGUUGGAAGGUUGUCGAGGAUGAUGGUGCUCUGAUCACGAUUGGAGACCCUGCGCCUUCGUGGGCUUUUGGUCAGGGCGUGGCGCCUGAGGCGGUUGAUCACCCUGGUGUCCGGUAUAAGCAUUUUAUUCUUUCUCCGGAGGGUGAGCGACUUGGUCAGCUGGGUGGAAUGAUUGAUGCUGGAUUGGUUAAGCCCUUGAAAGUUGAGGCAUUUCCCUUUGAGGACUCGGUCAAAGCAUGGGCAUAUGCUCGACAACGAGGCCGUGGAAACAAGGCUGUAAUCAGCUUUGUGUGA